AAAAAUUAAUUGAAAUUUGAUCGAGGUUAUCAUUCAUCAUCAUUCACACAUUCACCUUUAUCUGUGUAAAGUGUGUACGACUGUUUUUUUACACGAUUUUCUUGUCUAGACAUUGUUAGUAUUGAUUUUUCAAGAUAAUGUAACAUUUGUUAUCAUGUAAAUUUAUGCCAUUACUCUCAUGAAUUAGUAAAUCUACGUUAUGCGUAUCCUAUGGACAGGUACGCAUAAAUGAACACAACAUAACCUCAAAACCGCCCGUCAAUUCUAAGAAAUCGUCUUUACAAAUAUUUAAAUUUUUUAUUAUUUGUAAAAUGUUAUAAAACAUAUUCGUUUAAUUGAAAUAAUCAUAAUCGUGAUUUAUUGUAGAAGGAGAGUAAUUUCCUUUGAUCAUUGAUUUGCCAAUGUUUUAUAAAUCUUUGUGGAGAGCUGUUCAUUAGCUUGAUUUCCAAAGAGUACUUCAUAAUUGUUGAGAUACUAAUUUAAAUUUAUAAUACUCCAAUAAUGAAUAUGACAAAGAAGAUAAAUGUUAACUUUUCAUCUCUGGUGGGCUUAAAAGCAGAAUUGUUGCGGAAGCAAGCUGAAGUCAACGAGGCUAAAUUAAAAACUGAGUCUGUAAAUGUUCAGCCACAAUUAAACAAAAAAACCAAGAAAAUUAUUCCAGAUGAGGAAAAAAAUAUUAAGAGACCAUUGGAUUCCGAAGAUAUUGUUGCUCACAAAAAGUCAAAGUUAAUGUUGGAAGCUAAAGCGAGAUUAUAUGACAGAUUGAAGAAAUCAAAAAAUAAUAACGAUAAAUUUCUCGUUGAUUUUGAAAACAAACUGAAUGAAUCUGAUGAAGAAUUCAUAGAUGAAACAAUUAAUGAGGAACAUCCUAUAGAGUCAGAAGAAAAUUGGGUAGAGUAUCAAGAUUGUUUUGGCCGUACUAGAAAAUGUUUGCGAGAGGAUUUACCGCACAUGCAAAAGAAAGAUGAAUUGAUAAAGCAGGAAAUAAUGAAGAGGCAUAUCGACGAAGAUAAAGAAGAGAAAGAUAAAGAACAAUAUACUACUCAAGAGAAAGAACCUGAGAUAGAGAUUAUGAGAAGAAAAUGGGAGGAACAAACGCAAAAACUUGCAGACAAAGUUGAUAUACACUAUCAAGACAUAUUGUUUGACGAAGCGCGAACGCACGGCGUUGGUUACUAUGCAUUCUCGCAAGACGAAGAGGAGAGAACAAAGCAACAGGAGAAUCUGGCGAACUUGAGAAAAGAAACUGAGAGGAAGCAGAGGGAAAUGAAAGAGAUCAAGGAAUUAAAGGAAAGAAUGGAACAGAAUAGAUUAAAGGCAGCGAGAAUUAGACAACGUAUAAGAGCAGGUUUAUCAGCGGAGCCUACUGAGGAAGAAUUAAUCCGAGAAAAUAAGCCAAUUAAUUCUACUAAUAUUGACACUGAUAAAGAUAACGGGUCCGCUGAAAAAGAUAAAGAAAAAUCUAACGAGGAAACUGAUCAUAUAUCUACGUGUGGCAAGGAAAUUACUCAAGAAAACGAAAUCAGUGAUGAGGACAAGAUAAGAGCCUUUGGAGAACUUUUGGGUAAAAAGAAUCAUUGGCAUGUAAUGUCGCAAGAAGAAUGGGUAGAUAAAUGUAGAGCACAAAGGAUUAGUGAAUUUGGGCCAGUGUAUGAUAAUUUUACGAGUGCUGGAUUUUAUAAUAGUUCUCAGGACAUUGAUGCGCGUUCAAUUCCUAAAGAAAACAAAGAGCUGGAUGAUACAGAGACUCAUAAUUCUUCGAAAUCUAUUGAGGAAUCUAAUGGCAAGUUACAGAAUCAUGAUGAUAGUAAUGAUAUAGGCUUCCAGGUAGCUUCCAUUAUAAAAGAUACUGAUUGCGACAAUCAGAAUGAUACAAGCAGUUUAAUAGGAUGCAAUGAUGCAGUCAAUAAUAGCAAUGAAACUAUAAUAGGACCAACAUUAAAUUCUACUGUGACUAAUCCAUCUCAAAUGCAAGCAACAGUUUCAUAUCCAUUAUCUCAUUUAUCCAACAAUUAUCAACAAAAUGCGUGCGGCUAUCUUGGAACACAUACAUACGAGCAACAAAAACAAAUGGAUCACAUGAACAUUCCUCUUCCUGAUGAGAAUAAUGCUUCAUCUUCAGCUAUCAAUAAUUCAAGUCAUACGAGCAAGCAAAAAUCGUUACCACGAAGUAUGGACGAGGAUAAUAUUAUGGCUGGUCUCAAAUAUUUAAGAGAAAAGUUCGAGGCAAGUCAUAGUAAAUAGACAUAAUAGAUUUUUUAUAGUAUCAUAACUUUUAUUGUACAUAUGUAUAAUAAUUUAAUUUUGUAUAAAAAUAAACGGGCAUAAUCUUUUAGUUUACAA